AUGACAGAUUUUAUCCCACGGCCAGCGGUGCCAUUGACAAGCGAUGUUCGUUUCGAAUCCAACCUCGAUAACUAUCCCGAGUCCGUAACAGACGAUGAAAACUAUACUUUUACUCCAGCUCCUAUGCCCAACACGAUGAUUUGGCCACGUGAUAACAUCUAUUCUGCAUUACCAUACUCCCAUCAACCACUUGGCGACGGCCCGUGGAUACGCAUCUUACGACUAAGCCCUGGAAUGGACCGCGAUCCCAUCAAAGUUUCUCUUCAGCCGGUGAAUCUCGACGAUGCCGUUAGCCAGUAUGACGCCCUGUCGUACGUUUGGGGUUCCGACUUCAUUGCUCAUGCUAUCGACGUGGACGGGUGCAGCUUCGCCAUCAGGGAUAAUCUGUUCAAGUUUCUGGCAAGCAUACGUGACCCGGAAGAGUCGCUUAAUCUGUGGGCAGAUGCUAUCUGUAUUGAUCAAAAAAACACCAAAGAAAAGAAUCAUCAGGUGCAGCAGAUGGGGAGAAUUUACAAGGGAAGUCGUGCGACACGGCUUUGGUUGGGCCAGGGCGAUAAGAACGUGGAUUCUUUUCUGCAUUCUAUUGCUGAGUCUCAAUACAAACCUCCAAAUGAAUCCACAGUCCUAAAGCCUUCACAGAGGUCCGAACUUUCUUCAGAACAAAAUGACAAAAUCGCUUUCUCACGUGGAUUACAUUGGAUUCUUUACAAUCCUUACUGGACACGUCUUUGGAUUGUUCAAGAAGUCAUUCUUUCACCAAAUGUUCGGGUUUAUGUGUCUCGAACUGGCUAUUCUUGGGAAACAUUUGCCCAGUUCUGCAAAUCUGGGGCAGCAGAAAUGCAAAGAUACUACAGAAAUGAGAUUGCAGACAAGUUAUCUCAGAGCACUAUAAUUAGUUUAGAUCGACAAAGGAGAGAAAAAUCUGUAAGAAAUUUUGUUGAUUUGAUCAAAAUUUCUGUACCUGUGAGUGCUUCGACGUUCGGGAUCGAGUUUUUGGAUUGA